UUCGCACGCCAAAUGCGUCAUCCCUGACUCAGAGCCACGUGGGCGUGUCGCGUCAGUCACGUGGAGUCCAUUGGAACGAUCCCUUCCUUCAUGAGAACGACAGUCAUGAUACUCUUUUUAGUCUGGGUCCUUGCUCAACUCUGCAGCGUCGCCGAUAGCUUCUCAUCAUAAUUGAUAUGAAAAUCAGGGAGUUUCUACAAGGUUUAAGCAUCCACCUCAGUGGUAAUGACGGAUCUGUGUCCACCUUGCUCAGUCAUUCGCCCUGAUGCCGCCGACAGACAAAGCGACGAACCUGUAAACCGGCGAGCAUCUCAAUAUCAUACUCCUCGCCUUUGAUGAACUCCUCCGUGCCGUAGCUCUUGACACGCUUGCGCUCCCACCUGAACCAUCGCACUCAGCGUAUCUUCAAAAUACGCGAUCGGUCACUCACUCAUCCGUCGUGGGGAUUGCUCCAUCGAAAAUCUGACGCCCGUCUUUGCGCACACGGUCCGAGGGGAGCAAGUCGAGCGGGACGCCGGGCAGGAAGUGCGCGAAGUGGAAGACACCGAGACGGCGCAGGUGGACCUGGUCUGGUGGAGGGCUCACGACUGUCUGAGUCGCCUUGACGAUCCCGCCACUCAUGAAGCUCAGCUGGUCGCCGAGGUUGAUCACGAGCGCGCCGUCCCGGUGCUUGACGAAUCGCCACACGUUGUCUGGCAUCAGCACCUGGAGCGCCGCGAUGGGCUGUGAGAUUAGGAUGCUGAUCGAGUUGAAGUCCGUAUGGCCGUUCAGCAUCACGCCCUUCGUCGUGGCCGACUCGGCCGCUGUGAGCGGCUCGUACAUCAUAUACCGGAAAACCUGCGCGCGCGCCGGUCAGCUCUGUUAUCGGCGAAGUGGGACGGGAGUAUGAAGUACAUCGUCGCUUGUGGUGCCCUCCGGUGUUUGAUGGAGAGACCACAGAUAACCUUCUUCCAAUCCGAGGACACUAUCAAUCAGACUAAGAAUGCGCCACAAUACUGUUCGCGAUUGCUGCGAGUCAUCCUUCAGGCGGUCAUCCAACGGCUUGGGUUCGUGAGCUCACCAGAAUGAAAGCCUGGAUUUCUGCAACAUGAGGUUGAAUUGCUCGUGGAUGCUUCUUCGCCGGUUCGAUGCUAUCCGAGAAAUUGUAGUGCUCGAUCCGAUCUCGCACACCGUCCUUGAUUUGCCAAUAUUUCUGAAGCUUCAAGCCGGUGACCUUCAACCACGAUCCUGUUUCCUUGAUCUUCGCCUGGUGCGCCUCCUUCUCGGCCCUGUCCACUCCGUCAAAGCACAGCUGUCCGAGGUCGAAUUGCCUUUCCAGCUGGACACAUCUCAGGCAAACGUCGCGGAAACUGAACCAACGCACCACCGCAUCUGGAAUCCCGUGCCCGACAACGUAGAGGAACCCGUCUCGCUCCACGGCCUUCGAAACGAUCGCGACCAGCUCGUCCCGAUCGGUCGUGUCCUUCUCCAGAUCGACCGUGAGAAUCUCGGCCCAGUCCAGAUCGUGCGUCGUCGGCGCCGGGGGAUUCCACGGCGGGACUAUGUUCGCGGUCGAAGACGUCAUGCUGGAGCUGUAACAAGUCGCGAUCGCAAGGAAGAAUCGACUCGACGCUGAUGUCCCUCCGCGCCGCUAUCUUAUAUUGCACCAUUCUGAGCCAAGUUGACCUCAUCAAGAAGCGACCCGAGUGCGAAGCGAGUGCGGCUCAACGGUGUAUCAUCUGACAUCUCAAACAGAGACCCGAAAUCCUCGACGAGUUUGUCAUGAUUGGAACGGAUUGACUGAUAUACUACUACUAUUAUGUACUGUAUAUUUGCCAUGUUGGAAUCUCCCACCAGAUCGCAGAUCGAACAUCCUCGUCUGAUUAAGCUUUGCGACCCGCAUUGGAUACCUGGAUCUACAUACACACGGCAAAGAUAUCUGAAACACAUUAAUUAUCCUUGCGCAAGCAAUUGCUUCAUUGACUGUGAAUU